AUGAAGGCACAGACCGGCGCACUGGUCCACCGGUCCACUGGUCCCAGAGAGCGAUUUGGCCUCGUCAGGACCACCCGAGCCAGCUCGAGCUUCCGGGCGAAGGAUAACAAGCAACGACUCGCCGCAAAGUUGCAGGAGAAGCUUAGAAGGCAGGCUAGUGGGAUCCUAUUCCUAUGGGCCCUGACAUCGGCAAUCUAA